AUGAGCCAGGAGCAACCACGAAGAGGUGAGCGUGAAGCGAUCAAGUAUGGUGACGUGUUUAACGUGUCUGGAGAGUUAGCAUCAAAACCAGUAAUGCCAAGAGACGCUGCCAUGAUGCAAUCCGCGGAGGACCAAGUACUGGGUCAGAUUCAAAAAGGUGGUCCUGCCGCAGUGAUGGAAUCCGCCGCUGCAAAAAACGAGAGAGCUGGUCAUGUGAACCACCAGGCCGCAACAAAAUUCGCAAGAAACCAAGGCGUUUAUGUGUCGCAGACAGACAAUGGGGUCACUGAGACCCUAGGUGGACAGGUUCUAGGGCAGUUUGUGAAAGAUGAAGACGUGGUCAAGGGGACCAUGGGUGGCGAGGUCGUUGGAUCUGGAGUGAAUGAAUUAGGUGCUGAUUACUUUGCCUCUGUGCAAGCUCCUAAAGUUAGAGCAAUCGAAGACUAUGAUUUCAUAAGUAACCAACAGGAUACUGCUCUAAACCCUCGGUUUUCCGACAAUCAAGAUAAGAACAUCGACUUUAAUGUUUCAAAGGAUGAAAACCCUAAAAUUAUAAAUAGCGUACCUGGAGGCAUGGGAGCAUCCAUGGCGACCGUAGAUCAAUUUAAGAAAAAUAAAUGA